CAACUUUCUAAUAAAACACCUUUAUUUAUAAUCUAUCAACAUGCUGGGAAUAUUCAAGCGAGCUCUGCCUCGCAUCUCAAUCCUGGCCAAUCGCACUCUUUGCAAGAAGGCAGCCCCAGAUGCUUCCGAUCAGGGUCCAGAAAAGUUCAAGUUCAAUGAGCGGAACAUGGAGCGUGCCAAAAUGAUAAUGAGCACCUUUCCAGAAGCCGAGCAACGCGGAGCUUUAAUGGCUUUGCUCGAUAUCGCACAGCGCCAGUAUGGCUGGCUGCCAGUCACGGCCAUUAAGGAGGUGUCCAAUAUGCUUAAGCUGGAUCCCUUUGCAGUCUGGGAGGUGGCCACCUUCUAUACCAUGUUCAAUCUGAAGCCGGUUGGCAAGUAUUGUGUGAGCGUGUGCACCACAACGCCCUGUUAUUUGCGUGGAUCCGAUGAUCUGCUAAAGACAUGCAAGUCGAUGCUCAAUCUGAAGCCAGGCGAGACCUCCAAGGACAUGCAGUUCACACUUAAGGAAACCUAUUGCAUGGGUGCGUGCGUGAAUGCGCCGUGCUUGGCCGUGAACGAUGACCUAUUUGAGGACGUAGCCCAACUCGAUUUGGAGAUCAUACUUACGGACCUGAAGUGCGGCAAGAUACCAACAGCGGGACCGAAAAGCGGACGCUGUGCCAGCGAGCCCAUGGGGGGGCCGACAACACUCAUCCACGAGCCACCACCGCCGGGCUACAUGAUGCAGGACUUGUGCAAGUGAGGCUUAGGAAGCACACAUGAUUCGAACUUGUUAUUAAGUUGUUAUUAGUUGGAUAAUACACAGAGCAUUGGCUGACGGCUAA